UCAUUGUUUUUGCGUUUGUUUCUAGUUUCGAAAGUAAAUAAUGACUAUAUAACGCGAAUUAAGUGAACACAAUGCCCGGUAGCAAAAUGGAGUUAAACUUACGUUCAGUUAUUAUAUGUUUAGGUGCCUUUUUGAGCUUGACGCACAGUGAAAGACUACACGAGCAGAUAUACUCGUCGAUAGAAGGUGGAGCUGCGUGUUUUAGACGUUUAAAUGGGACUCAUCAAUCAGGGUGUUCAUCAUCAUAUUCUGGAACUGUAGGAGUGGUGCACAUGAUAAACAAUAUUGCGGAUGCGCAAUGGAUGGUAACAAAUGGCAAUGCAGGGCCAUACGUGGCUGUGGUCAGUACAGCGCUCUUUCCAGGCAUAGUAGAGAUACUUAUGGGUAAUCCUCUUAAUGUGGCGGGUGUUUUGCUGUAUGACAAUGACACUAUGCCAGCUACAUCAUUUACCCAAGAAUCAAGAUGUCCUAAUGAGUACUAUUCCGCUUCUGGUAGUUCUUGCUCAUCAUCGUUACAAGGAGGAAUUGUCUGGAAUGAAAAAGGCACUGACAUGCUUAGAAGGGAUGUGCCAUUCCCUAUGUUAUUUUUGCCAAAGUCAAAUUAUAAAGAAAUCGAAAAAAUUGAACAAUGUUAUCAAAGAUAUAACCUUGAUCGUGACAACCAAAAGGGGAAUCCUCUAUGUUCACUACAGCUACGCUCGUUUAUGUAUGCAGCAGUCAACUCCGAAGUGUGUAUGAGACGGUCUAUGUCGUCACCGACGCUUUUAUCGGCUUAUGUGGUGUGCCAUCCUCUCGGCGAUAAUAAUGUGUAUUACUCCUUAUUCCCUAGAGGAAAGGAGACAUCAACUACAAAGACACCUGUGCAUCUAAUCACGGCUAGAAUCGAUACAGCUUCUUUCUUUGAUGGUGUGGCACCCGGAGCUGCGAGCUCUGUAGUCGGAAUGGUCACAUUGAUUACGGCGGCUGUUGCACUAUCGAAAAUGAUACCAGUCACUGAUGCUCAUCUAUAUAAACAAAACAUCCUAUGGACACUACUCAACGGCGAAGCGUUCGACUACAUUGGUUCGCAACGAGUGGCAUACGACAUAUCGAGAGGCGCAUGGCCCCCCUUAUCACCUUUGUCACCCUCUGACGUCACUAUGCAUGUUGAACUGGGACAGCUCGGCGGGUCUCUCCUGGAGAGCACUGACAAUGCUUGGCCUUUAUUUGCUUUCUCUGCUGAUGAAAAUACACAGGUCAAAGAAUUUUUAACGAAAAUGAGCAGCUAUACAAAUAAAUACAACAUGAGUCUUCUUGCAAAGUUCAGCGCUAACUUGCCACCAUCGUCCCUUCACUCGUUCAGGCGGAUUUUAAAGAACGUAACCGAAAGUGGACAGUUGCCUGAAUUAGUCAUUGUGGACCACCAAGAAACUUUUACUAAUAAGUUUUAUCAUUCAGAAUUGGACGAGUUUGACAAAAUUGGUUUUAAUUAUCAUAACAUCAGUAUCGGGGCUAACGGAACUUUUAUACCGACUGACGACUUGCUAGCCAAUGGAACGAUGAAAGAUAGUGAGCCGCAAGUGAAAAUAUCGCGACUCGCCACAGCUUUCGCAAUGACGCUCUACAAACAAGUUACUGACCAAGAUUACUCAGGCACUGUUGCUGUUUCUGCUCACUUGGUUGACGAAAUGCUCUACUGUUUCCUAAAGAGCCAAGCAUGCCGUCUGUUAAUAGCGGCGGACUACGCGUCGAAUAGCAACACUGUCGAAUUACUUCCAACAAAGCCCGCACAGUUAAGCGUCGGCGUCUUAGACCAUCCCAGUACGCCACCGGUCUUAGCUGGACAUUUAUUGGCGUUGCUUACCGGCACGCAUUUGCAAGUUAACAAAACAACUUGUGAUUCUAAGAAGGACCUUGAUUUCUCUUACUACUGGCUCCGUGGUUGGAACCAAAGCGGUAUCUGCGUCCAGACCACGAUGAACUUCAGCCAAGCGCUUAGCCCUGCUUUUAUGGACAGUGGGUACGACUACAAAUCGGGCCUGUACUCGACUUGGACAGAAUCGGUAUGGGAUUCGAUGUGGGCGCGGGUGUUUGUGACGGCAGGAGGGGGCGGGGCGCAGGCGGCGGCGGUGGCAGGGGCCUUCGUCACUAUAUUCGCAGCUGUUCUCACGUACUGGCUGCAGAAACACGCGAGUAUUGUUUUCCCGGACGCUUCUAUUGCUAACGGCGACACCGCGGCAGGAAUCCUAAGGAGCGUCAACUGUUAGAGUGGUUAGAU